UGUUGCUGAGAAGGAAGGUCCAGUUGAAAGGAAAGCCACACUUUCUUUCUCCAAUGAAAAAUCAACUCAUCAAAUCAACCCUCUGAAGCCGUGCACUGAAUAUGAGCUAAAUGUUGCACUUAUUAGCAGCAACGGUAGAGAAAUACUCUGUACCAAAACUGAUACUAAAACUACAAUGACUGGAAUGAAUGAACAAGACAUUACAAAAAAUGCCUCCUGCCCUUCUGGAUAUUUCUGUUACCAAAGUGGUUGGGACAUCAGCUCUUUAACAUCAAAAGCUGCAGAAUUUAUCAAUGGAUCAUAUCGCUUCAAACCUGCUUAUGACGACAUUUGCUCAGAUUUUGUUUUGGAGUUUCCUCACAAAACAUGCACAAACAUCUCCUUUACCCUCAGUGAACAUGUUCCUGUUGAUUUCAUUGAUCCAAAUGACAUAAAGCAAACUAACCCCACUAAACUUCCUGCAAAGAUUGAAGCAACGUUUCCUCAAAGCUGUAAAGAUCUCAGCGUUGAGUACAAAUGUUCAGGAGAGGACAACACCUCCGUUGAACCAUUUGACAUGAAGCCGUUCACAAACUACAGCUGUACUGGUCUCAUCAAGAACAACAAUGUCUCCAUUAACAAGAAAACUCCACCUGUCCACUUCAACAUUGACUGUGAUUUUACAAUAGAAGGCCGGUCGUACAUACCAGGCGAUGAUUACAUUUACCUGUUUUGGGAUACAACAAGUGAAAAAUGUCAAGAUGUUGUCCAUAAACUGGAGGAACUCUUUUUUAACUGCAGCUGUCAGGAUGUCAAGAGAGACUACCACCGUGUUGGAUCUUUAAUUAUGACCUUCCACUUCCACCUCAUCAUCAUCAUCAUAGUCAUAGCGCAGAAUGUGACCUUCCUCAUCUGGAGGGGGAGACCUUCCAGAAGUCUCAAGGAAUAA